AUGUCUAACGACACUUUGUCUACCACAACUUUUAAUAAUUUUGCAAAAUCUUUAUCAACGACUGCAUCUGUUCUAUUGGCUGCCUCCAAUUCGGAUAACAACAAUAAUAACGGUGGGACUUCAAUUGCCGAAAGUGUAAUUUUGUCAUAUAAAUCACCAUAUCAAGCUAUUUUAAAAGAAGCAUUAACUUCAGACACAACCGCUACUUCUGCUGAAUCUGCAUUAAUCAAUUACAGGAAAAAUCAGCUGAACAAUAAUGAAAAUAAUCAUAAAAAGAACAAAAAUAAUAAUAGCUUUCAAAAUUUAUAUGUGGCUAAAAAUGGGAAAGAUUAUUUCAAAGUUAAAGGAAGUAACGUAAAAUCUUCAUUUAAAGUUUUGAGUUAUAUUAGUGAUGAAUUAUUAGAAGAUCUACCAUCUAAUUCAUCAUCUGGUAGUGAGUCUGAAAGGAAACCCCGUAAAGGUAAUAAUAAAUUAUCACUGCAAAAUAAGGUAACCGCUGAUGUUACAAAACAUGCUGGCGCCAAAGCAUUAUCCGAUCAAGUCGUCCCACAUAAUAAACAAGGGAGCUCAAAGCUAGGAGAAACAAAUGGACCCACUUUAUUUCAAGGAUUCAACGCUUCAAUUCCUUUGAUAAAGAAAAGUAUCCAAGAUAAUAAUAUAAAAUUGUUAAAAAAUAAAGGUCAAAAAGAGGGAAGUGCUAAAGAGGAUAGCCAUAAUGAUGAUGAUGAUGAUGGUGAAUUUAUUCUACCUGAAGGAGUAAAUAUUGAUGUUUUAAAGAAAACUUAUUCAUUGAAACUUUUGAAAGAUGGCGAAGCUAGUAUAUAUACUAAUUUAGACCUAUUGGAAAUCCAAAAAAAAAUAGCUGCGAGUGAAAUAAAUGAAUUAGAUUUAAAGAUAAAGCAGUUAAAUUCAAUGAGAAAUUUAGUUUUUCAAAGAGUGGCCAAAAUUGAACAAUAUGAAGUUUUUUUGGAAAAGCAUUUAUCUGGUAUAGAGGAUAGGAUAGAUAUGAUUGAGGAGUAUAAUUUAAACGAAGAUGAAAUGGAGAGCCAAUUGAAUGGCUUGUCAACAGAAAGUGAAAGAAAAGAAGGAGACGUGUCAAAUAGCAUGGCUCAUGAAAAGUUGGCCAAUGAAGUUAAAAACCAGCAAAAAAAAAACAUUACAACAACAGGGUUAUUGGAUGAGCAAUCAUUGACUCACCAUCUUAAAAGAGACAAGAGAAAAACUUUGCCGACUCUACAAAACUACUACGGUCAAGGUUCAUUGAUUCAGAGGUACGACAAAGUGUGCAAAACACCCACCACUGCAAUCGACUUUGACGUACCAUUUGGCACAAUGUGUAUUGCAGCUGAGACCAAUCCUGAAAUUAAGUUAUGGGAUUUAAAUAAAAACAAAUAUAUUGGAGAAUUAAAGGGCCAUCUAGCCAGUACCACUUGUAUGCAAAUGGAUUCUAGGGAUAUACUAAUAACUGGGAGUAAAGAUGCCACAUUGAAACUGUGGAACAUUAAGCGUGCUUUGGAUGGUGGCAGCUAUGAGCCUGAUGAAUGUUGUUUGCACACGUUUGAUUCCCAUAUAGAUGAAAUUACUGCAUUAAGUUCGGAUGGCGAGAGUUUGUUGUCUGGCUCUCAAGAUAGAACUAUACGUCAAUGGGAUUUGGUUACAGGGAAGUGCAUUCAAACGUUGGAUUUAAAUUUUAUUAGAAGGGAGAAAUACAGAAGCAAUGCUAAUUCCAUGACAGCUUCUAUGUUAUUGACCAAGGAUAUACCUGCUGUUGGUGGAUUGCAAGUAUUUGAUGCUGCUUUAGCUACAGGCACAAAAGAUGGGAUCGUGCGAUUAUGGGACUUGCGUUCUGGUUCCGUUGUUCGUAUGUUGGAAGGUCAUACCAACGCCAUUACUGCAUUGAAGUUUGAUUCAGCUCAAUUAAUUACUGGGUCUAUGGAUCGUACUGUUCGCGUUUGGGAUUUAAGGAUGGGUAAUUUGUAUGAUUAUUUUGCGUACGAAUCGUCAGUAACCGGAUUACAGAUUGAUAUGAAUAAGAUUAUUGUUAAUCUAGAAUCUUGUUCCCAAGUAGCAGUGUAUGACAGACAAUCAAAAUCCAAGAUUGAGCAUAUAUUUAAUGAUGAAAAUUCAGAUGAGCUUUUCGAGCGGAAUGACUAUGUUGGCUGUAUAAGUUAUAAAGACGGUUAUUUAUUAUCGGGUUAUGCAAGUGGCACAGUUAAUGCUUGGGCCAUAUGA